AUGCCUUCCUCUGAGGAUUUCGGUUUUGCCUCACUCUGCUGGGGUUUAGUCGGACUCUACCUCAUGCAUGCCGUCUACAACUUAUACUUUCACCCCCUGCGUUCACUCCCUGGUCCGGUUUACGGCAAAGUGACUGGUUUGUGGUACAUUUCAAAGAUCAAACAAGGGAACUCAUUCUUGGAGCUCAAACGUUUGCACGACCAAUACGGUGAUGCCGUACGCAUCGUACCAAAUGAGCUAUCAUACAACACCGCUGAUGCCUGGAACGCAAUAUACGGUCGGAACAUCCAACUUCAUGGAGAAGACAAGGCUUCAGCCACUGGUAACCGUCUUCUGAAGGAUACUCUCCUCUAUGGAGCCGGGUUUGAGGGCGCUGAUACGGUCAUCAACGCCGAAGGAACUUUCUACGCUCCACAAAGACGGGCUCUCGCCUAUGCCUUCACUCGAAAGUCGUUGAUGACGAAAGAACACCUCCUCAUACACUACACUGAUCGUGCCAUCGAGAAUCUCACGAUCCAAAUAUCGGCUGCUAAUACCGUUGAUGUAGAACCAAUGUUUGCCAAUGCCAUUUUUGACUUCAACUGCAAAUUUGUUGCCGAUCGAGAUAUUGGAGCAAGCAACCCUCAUGGCAAAAUUCAUCCAUCUGUACAUUAUUUCGACAAUCUAAUGCGGUUCGCCUACAUCCCAAUCAGCCUUCGACGUAUACCCAUGAUUGCCUACAUCCAAGAUACCCUCCAACCAUUCAUUUCGGGAGGUUUUCUGCACCCUCAAGUCGUUGGACCUUUGUUACAAAACAGGUUAGAUAAUGGAGGAAGUGAGACCGACAUAAUAUCUUACAUGGAGCGACAUCCAAAAGAAGGAGACACGGGUAAAUCGCAAAUCUUGAAUAACGCCAUUAUAUUCAUCUCCGCGGGAACAGGAACCACCGUUACAUGGUUAUGCACAUCUGUCUAUUACAUUCUAUCCAACCCCGACGUGAAAUCAAAACUCUGCGACGAGAUCAGGAACGCGGCGUCGAAGGCAUCGGAUUUGAACUUGGACGUGGUCAAUAACAUGAAAUAUCUCAAGGCUGUCACGGAUGAUGAGGAGUUUGCAGGAGACCAUCGAAAUGCUCUGCAGCCAUUCAGUUACGGGCCGAGAAAGUGCAUUGCUCACGAGCUGGCAUCGAUGAACUCGAAACUCUUCCUAGCGCGCCUUUUCUGGGAGUUCGACAUGGAGUUGGCUCCGGAAUCCCGUGACUGGACACAGCAGAAAGGCUGCAUUGCACAUUACAGCCGGCCGCUUAUGGUGAAAUUCACUAAGAGAUCUAGUCUCUCCGAGACCGAGAUAUAA